AUGACUAUUGCGAUGAUCAUCGAUGCGAAUGGGAGGAGGAAUGUGAAUAUGCUAAGUCAGGAGAGCGCUAUUGUCCGCUCCAUUCUUGCCGGAGCGAGGGUUGCCCAGAAUGCUUGCUCACGGUGCGGCUGUAAAGUAGAAGCCAAGCCAUGCCUGGAAAACAAAUGUUACGACCAUUGGAAAGAGGAUGUUGAGAUGUGUGUAAGGGCGGAAUGGUGUGAUGAGAAGAGGGGGUUGACUCAGAGGCUUAGCGAAAAGGAUCACUUUAUCCAAGAGCAGGAUAGGCGCCUACGAGAGCAGCACGAUCAACUCUGGAGGUUACAAAGCGGUCAGAGGAAUUAA